AUGACUUUAUUAUCAACUCUAAAGUCAUAUCCUUUGGAGUAUCUGCUCCCGUUUUUACUACCGGUUCUUUUCCAGUCGUAUAUUCAUCCAGAUGAACACUUUCAAAGUCUAGAACCACUAACUUCAAAGGUACUUGGAUUCACGGCCCAACUUCCAUGGGAAUACACUUGUGAUAAACCUGCUCGAAGUUAUGGAGUGCUAUAUUUAUACUACGGACCUCUCUUAUUGCUUAUACGAACCACCAACCCCGCCUUAAGUCCAAUUUAUAUACUCUAUCUUGUUAGGGUCCAGAAUCUAUUGGUGUCAAGUGGUGUAAUACUAUGGACUCUUUCUAAACUAAUUUACCUGAAGAAACAGUAUCAUCAUGCCUUACAUUUCGUCGUAACGUCAUAUAUCUAUGGAGUGUACCAAACCCAUACAUUUUCUAACUCCAUUGAGACUUGUAUGGUGCUACUAGCAUUGGCAUCAAUUGAGAAUUUGAACAGUCAUUAUAACCUUGUCUGUUUAGGAGUACUAUUUGCCAUUGGAAUCUUCAAUAGAGUCACAUUCAUAGCUUGGCUAUUGGCUCCAUCAUGGUAUAUUCUCCGCCAUUUGGUUCACCAUAAAUUGAAUGUCUUUCCCCUUGCAUUUGGGUUUGGCUUAACAGCUUUAGUGUUGAUACUCAUUGAUUCAAUAUCGUUUGCACAAUCCUGGAGUCUGUUCCAAUUGGUCAUUACUCCUUGGAAUAACUUGAUAUACAACUCUCUGCUUGAGAACUUGGCUCAACAUGGAAUCCAUCCUUGGUAUACUCAUCUAUUGAUCAACACUCCUCAGAUCUUGGGUCCGGGGUUAUUGAUGCUAUUGAUAAGAGGUGUUCCAUGGUCUAGAAUUAGUAUUUUGCCUUUUCUAUCAAUAGUGAGUGGUGUUGCGCUUUUAUCAUUUAUUCCUCACCAAGAGCUUCGUUUCUUAGCUCCGAUGCUUCCUUUGGCAUGUACAAUACUCAACUAUGAAGAUGAAGAAGAAGAAGAAGAGGAAGAGGAAGAAACUGCAAACAUUAAAUCUUCCUUUGUUCCCUUCAUAGGUAUACUCUGGGGCGUAAUAAGUGCUGUACUUGUUACUACACUGUGGUAUGCUCAUCGUCCAAGUGCUCCAUUUAUAUGGUAUAUAUUUGGAGGAACGUACUUUACCACCACGGAACUCUUCAAAACCCGUCAAGACACAACUACUUCUAAUCCUUUCUAUAGAACGAAAUUCCGCUCCUUCUAUGGUUGGUUGUUCCUCAGAAUAUGGAUCUUCUUCAAUCUUACCAUGAAUGUUCUUAUGGGAGUUUAUCAUCAAGGUGGUGUGGUUUCAGUGUUGAACAAGUUCCAUAUGGAACAACUACAUAGCAAAGAUAACGUUGCCAUUAUCUUCUGGAGAACUUACUCUCCUCCUACUUGGGUAUUAGGAGACACAACACACUCAAUAGAGGCAUUCACCAUGAAUGAGACUAGUCUGGUUUAUGAAGUGGACCGGAGCAAGUCUAACUUGCUAGACUUUAUGGGUGCAGACGUUGGAAAAGUAUGUGCAUCUAUCGAGCAAUUAAGCUAUAUGAAUAAGCAAGUGUACAUUGUGUUACCUACUGGUUCAUUUCCAACAGUUGCACUGUCAUGUGAUUACAUUAAUUGGCAUAGACUUGAAGACUUCCAUUAUCAAUACCAUUAUGAUCUUGAUCAUCUUGAUUUCUCAGACUUAAGAACAUUCACCCCAGGUUUGGAUGUCUACAAAUUUAAUUAUAUCCUUCAUCAAUAG